CGAGCAUCUCAGCAAUUGGCUCUUCAUCAUGGACGUGGCGAACGCGACAUUCGGCGCGUUGAACCAGACGCAGGGCUACCUCACCGUCCUCGAGGAGGUGGGCAAAUACAAUGUCCACCUCAACUACUUUGAGCGCCUCUGGGCCGCUUGGUACCUAUACAUGCAAAACGACACUCUGGCGACCGGCAUCAUGAGCUUCGUCAUGCACGAGGUCAUCUACUUUGGCCGCUGCAUCCCCUUCAUCAUCAUGGACAAGAUCCCCUACUUCCACAAGUACAAGAUUCAGAGCCAGAAGAUGCCGACCCUCAAGGAGCAGUGGGACUGCGCCUCCAUCGUCCUCAUCAGCCACUUCACCGCCGAACUGCCUCAGAUCUGGUUCUUCCACCCCAUCGCCACCUACUUCGGCAUGGACUACAGCGUUCCGUUCCCCUCGCUCUUCACCAUGGCCUGGCAGAUUGCCAUCCUCUUCGUCAUGGAGGAUACCUGGCACUACUGGUUCCACCGCGCGCUUCAUUACGGCCCUCUCUACAGGAGCAUCCACAAGAUGCACCACCUGUACUCCGCUCCCUUUGGUCUGGCCGCUGAGUAUGCCUCGCCCAUCGAGACCGCUCUCCUUGGCAUUGGCGUCGUUGGCUCUCCCAUCCUUCUCCUGGCCAUAACCGGCGAGCUCCACCUGCUCACUAUGUACGCCUGGAUCACCCUCCGUCUCCUGCAGGCCAUCGACGCCCACAGCGGCUACGACUUCCCCUGGAGCUUGCGCCACUUCCUGCCCGUCUGGGCCGGCGCCGACCACCACGACAUGCACCACGAGAAGUUCAUUGGCAACUACGCUUCCAGCUUCCGCUGGUGGGACUACAUGCUCGACACCGAGGCCGGUGCCGAGGCCCACAAGAGGCGCCGCGAGAAGAAGCUGGCUCAGAUCAAGGCCAAGAAGGCUCAGUAAACGACUCUGCGCCGUCCCCUCUGAGUGACCCUGCACCUAGGUGCUGGGAGAAGACACCAUCUUUGAAACCGAAUGACAAAAAAAAUAAAGAUGAUGCACGAAUGGAGACACACAAAACCACUUUUAUGAAGAAAAAGAAAAGAAGGAUUAGAUUAAUGGUCAGCUAAGGCCUAGCUGCGGCAGCCUCCGAGAUGGCAAUGGCAUCAUCACACGGCGUUGGGAGGGAGUGGCUUGAGCAUCAACCUUGAUUAAUGUUUUGUAUAUAU